AUGGCCGGCGCCCUGCCCGCGGUCCCGCGGCCGACGGGCUCGACGGCGCCGGAGCUGGUGCUGCUGCUGUCGCUGCCGAUGCUGCGCCACGCGGACGUGCUGCGCUGCGGCGCCGCGGGCCGCUUCUGGAGCGCCGUGAGCCUGGGCCCCGCCGUGUGGGGGGCGCUGUGCGACAGGGAGUGGAAGGGCAAGGUGUACAUCCCGGCGGCGAUCCGGCGCGCGCGCGAGCUGGAGCCGCGGCGCGCUUUCCGCGAGGCCCUGCUCGACGCGAGGCGCACUUGGAUCAGAGCCGAGGAGCUGGUGGAGCUGCAGUGGUGGCACCGCAUGAAGGCCAGCGCCGGGGAGCACUUCACGCAGAGCGACCCGUGGUGGAGGGGCGCGGCCGCCGGGCCGCUGAGCUUCCGCUGCCGGGAGGACCACACGACCUGCUGGAUCGACCCAGAUUCGCAGAGGCCUUUCGGCGACGGCACGUGGCGCUUCGUCCCCAGGUGA